UUCUUGGAGGGAAAAGUGGAGAAACCAUGAAAAAUGAGAAAGGUUGUAAGAAGAAUAAACUCAUAAACUAGAAAAUACAGGCAACAUAUUUCAAACUUGGACAAAUUUGAAGGGAUACAUCAUACACAACUUUUUACAUGCGAGAAAUACUUUAUCUAGUUCCUUUAGAAUGUCAUGGACAAGUUUACCCUUGAUCAGAUAUUUUUACACUCUCACCUCAUUUUAUCUUCCUAAACCACCGCGCACAGCCGACUUCCACAGCCGCGCCACCACCGUUGCCGCAUGCGUCUCCGCCAUUUUCUAAUUUGAGAUAAGCAACAGAGAAAAAUAAUGGAUAUGACUUGUGCAUAUGCACAAUGCUCUUGUUUCACUAUGUGGAAGGAACUUCCGUCCUCUUCACAUCCACUCUCAGCAGCUCUAUUCACAAAGAAGCGACAAAAUAGCGUAAUAAAUCCUGCUAAUAGGAAGUCAUGUCGACAUAAGCUCCCAUCUCUAGUAGCUACGGCACAGAAGGAUUUUCGAGGGAAUAUUAAUCAAGGCAUUGAUACGACUCCAAGUACAAGCAAUGGAGACAGCAGUAGUCUUCUAAAUGGAAAGGAUGCUAAAGGGUCAGGCACUACAGCAAGAGGACGCCGUUUAUUGAAAGUCCGGGAGGAAAAGAGGAAACGCGAGUAUGAGCAACGCCACAAUUAUCCUGCUUGGGCAAAGGUGUUGGAAGAUGCUUGUAGAAAUGAUUCUGAGCUUAGAGCUGUUCUGGGGGAUAGCAUUGGCAACCCUGAGCUCAUGAGAAAAAGAGUUGAAGAAAGAGUCCGAAGGAAGGGGAGAGAUUUUCAGAAAUCUAAAACUGGAUCUGUCCUUGCAUUCAAAGUCAGCUUUAGAGAUUUUAAUCCUCUAGAUUCCUACAUAUGGUUUGAGUUAUAUGGAUCACCUUCUGAUCGAGAUGUUGACCUUCUUGGUAGUGUUAUUCAAUCAUGGUAUGUGAUGGGUCGCUUAGGCGCAUUUAAUUCAGCCAAUUUACAGUUGGCAAACUCGUCAAUGGAGUACGAUCCUCUCUAUGAUGUAGAUAAGGGAUUCAAGGUGAUGCCGUCGUCAUUUCAUGAUAUAGGUGACAUUGAAUUCCAAGACAACUGGGGCAGGGUCUGGGUAGACCUUGGGACAGCUGAUUUCUUUUCGAUAGAUGUUCUUCUUAAUUGCUUGACCGUACUGAGCUCAGAAUAUUUGGGCAUCCAACAAGUAGUUUUUGGUGGGCUUCGAAUGGGAGAUUGGGAAGAUGGGAUGACUAGUCCUGAGUAUGGGUACAAGUCCUUCAAAAUAUGAAAUGUUUUGAAAGGGAAAAAACAUUCCUCAAUACAACAAUUUCUUGCAAAAUUUAUCUUCUCUGCACGGUAUGUUUGAUGCAUUAUUUUAUUUUUUAAUCAAAAUUUGGCCAAUUUGUUUGGGAGUGAAAUAGGUGCUAGAAUGUAUGCUUGAGAUUUCGAAUUAGUGAAUUACUUAGGAGUGUGUUGUUACAUUUGAUUGAUGAUUGAUAUUUGAGGCUGUCCUUACAGCAUA